AAACUGCAAGGAGCGACGCGCACCACUUUUCCCAGAAACGCCGCUCCGUUCCAUUUCUCCCCCUUCUCCCCUCUUCUCCCCCUCUCAUCUUCUACUUUUCCACCUGCGGAGGAGAGAAAUAAUAAUAAUAAUAAUAAUAAUAAUAAUAAUAAGAGAAAAGAGAAUACGAAUGCGAAUAAGGAUUUAUAAGGACUAUUAUUAAAGAAUAUUCAAGGAGGAGAAUAGGGCGAGGGCGAGGGCGAGGGAGAGAAAUAGGAGGGAUAAUAAGAUGGGUUACAGGGCGGACGACGACUACGACUACCUGUUCAAGGUGGUGCUGAUCGGCGACUCCGGCGUGGGGAAGUCGAACCUGCUGUCGCGCUUCACCCGCAACGAGUUCAGCCUCGAGUCCAAGUCCACCAUCGGCGUCGAGUUCGCCACCCGCACCGUCCGCGUCGACGACAAAGUCAUCAAGGCCCAGAUCUGGGACACCGCCGGCCAGGAAAGAUACCGUGCGAUCACCAGCGCGUACUACCGAGGGGCGGUGGGCGCGCUCCUGGUCUACGACGUGACUCGCCACGUCACGUUCGAGAACGUGGAGAGGUGGCUAAAGGAGUUGAGAGACCACACGGACUCUUCGAUGGUCAUCAUGCUCGUGGGCAACAAGGCGGACCUGCGCCACCUGAGGGCCGUCUCCACCGAGGACGCGCAGGGCUUCGCGGAGAGGGAGAACACCUUCUUCAUGGAGACGUCCGCCCUCGAAUCACUUAACGUCGAGGGCGCCUUCACCGAAGUCCUCACUCAGAUCUAUCGCGUGACCAGCAAAAGAGCCCUCGACGUCGGUGACGACCCCGCCGCUUUGCCCAAGGGCCAGACCAUUAAUGUGGGCUCCAAGGACGACGUGUCGGCUGUUAAGAAAGUCGGCUGCUGCUCAGCGUAAGUUCUUUUGCUACAGGGACACACACACACACCCAACAACAACAACAACAAAAAAAAAGAAAAAGUCAUUUCAAUUCAACUUAAUCAUUCAAGGCGGGAGAAGCUGAAUUGUUCAUUUAGAGCAUCUUCUCUCGAGGAGAUGAAUUUUCCGACGGACACGCGUGCUUUCGACAAACUUUAUUUAAGGUACGAGAGCAGGCUCUGAAUUGAGUGAAGUUGAUGCGGACUUUAUGUAUCUUGUUCUUUCAUAUAUGUGUCUUUUUUUGGUAUCGGUCUAUGUCGCUAUUUGUCUUCGGGUGGUUUUUUGUGAACUAUUAUGUACCUUCCAGAAUCGUCACCUAAAAUUAGAUGAUUGUUUCAUACUUUUUUUUAUCGCAA